AUGCUGCCUACUCCUUCAACAUCCCAUGUCUCUUUUGACACAAUCUACGAACCAGCAGAGGACUCAUUCUUACUUCUCGACACAUUAUCAUCCGCAUCAGAAACAGCCUGGCUCGCAGACCGAUUCCAAACCUCGAGAUCCUUAGCAUCUCCAUUAGUUGUGGAAGUAGGCAGUGGCUCUGGCGUCGUAAUUGCCUUUACAGCCGCAAAUUCCAAACACAUAUUUGGCAGAGAUGACAUCCUCGCAUUGGCAGUAGACGUUAAUCGAGACGCAUGUCAAGCCACAAAGCAAACCGUGCAGACUGCCAUUGCCGAGACGGGGAAUGCCAAUAGAACACAUUACCUGAGCUCAUUAACCGGUGACCUAGUCUCACCCUUGAGACCAGGAUCAGUGGACGUCCUGCUCUUCAACCCGCCAUACGUUCCUACACCAGACUUACCUCUCCUACCCCAACCAGGCCAAACCGAAAACAAACCAUUAUCAAGAUCCGAGAAAUUUGAGCAUGACUCAUACCUCCUCUCUCUUUCUUAUGCAGGUGGCCUAGAUGGCAUGGAGACUACGAAUAGGUUCAUAGAAGCUAUUCCCUCCGUGCUCAACCCGGAGAGGGGCGUUGCGUAUCUGUUACUUUGUGCGCAGAAUAAGCCGGAGGAAGUCAAGGCGCGGAUUGUGAGGGAUUGGGAGGGGUGGAGCGCUGAGACGGUGGGGAGGAGUGGGAUGCAGGCUGGGUGGGAGAAGUUGGUUAUUUUGAGGAUUUACAGGGUUGCAACGUGA